AUGUGGAACCGAGUUUCGGACACAAGCAGAAACUCGCGUUCGGUGUACGAACGUCUGCAACGAUUGUCCCUGGUAUCGCAAACCACCGAACCUCAUCGGUCCAUUCAUCUCCAGAACGCGACUCGGCCACUAGCAGAAAACGGAACUCCUGCUGUUUCCGCCGUGAAUGCAACCAAAUCAACAUUACCCACCAUCGUCAGAUCUUGUUGGACAAAUUCCGUCUUCCCAUUGUUGUUUCGAAUGAACGAACAAGCGCCCGCUGUUAACCCGGAAGAACCGUCGGCGCGACAUGUCGCAGACGGUACGGCGUAUGGCAAUCAGGGUAUGAAGCACAGCGAUCCCGAGGAGCAACCAGAGAACGCUGCAGUAUCCAGCAUUGAUCCCACUGUGUGCCUCAGCCAACCCAUUGUGAACAAAAGCUGCUCCAGUCUCCAUACCGUAUCCACAAAAGCCCCUCCCCUGCAGUCGCUUCUGACGAACCUGACCUCCGCGCCCGUCGGAUCUGUCUCAAGCACAAGUUCGCGUCGACUACAUGUGUCAAACAUCCCGUUUCGGUACCGAGAAGCUGAUCUCCGAACGUUGCUCGGGCCUUUUGGAACUAUCUUGGACGUUGAAAUAAUAUUCAACGAGCGUGGCUCCAAAGGCUUCGGAUUCGUGACAUUCGCAAAUGCGUCGGACGCGGACCGCGCGCGCGAAAAGCUCAACGGCCAGGUAGUCAUGGGUAGGAAAAUCGAGGUCAAUUACGCAACCACUCGAGUGUUGACAAAACGGCGAAGCGAAUCCUAUACACCACACAUAAGUUCCACCUAUCUCCCACACACAUCAACCAGUGUGCAAAAUCAAAUUUACCAGCAGCUCAGCAGUCAGGCAAGUAAACGGUUCCGAGGGGCUGGUACUACAUCGUCCUUGGCGGCGGCAGCAGCGGCCAUAUCCAAUGCCCGCUUACUAGGUAACGCUGGUUCGACCCAGCCCACAGCUAUGCUUGUUCGGAGCAAUAACAACACAACGGCGAGUGCGCUGAGCACAUUACUCACAGCCGCGUCCGCGCAGUCGCAACAACAGCAGCACGCAAGCUCGAAUGUCAUCCCGCCAGAUGUACUACAGCAGCAGCAGCAGCAGCAGCAGUACCCUUCAGCACCUCUGCAGUCUCAGUUCCCUGUGCAACAAGCAUCGGCUCUACUGGCUGCCGCUAUGAUGGACGGCGCUGGACAACUACCAAUAAGUGCAAGCGCUCAACUGAUGAGGCAAUUGUUCAGUGGGACGUCCUACAUCUCAGAUGCACUUUCUCUGGGGACCAGUUUACAGACAAAUUCGUUGGGUGCCAACUACGCCAGCGGGCUGCAAAUGUUAAACAACCUCGCUUUACAACAACAACAACAACAGCAGCAGCAGCUGCUCAGCUCAGAUGUCCUGCUGAGCAAUCCGCUCAAGUCAUUACAACUACUGAAUCCACAACUACUGCUCGCACCCUCACCACUACAGCAGCCCACCACAUCUUUGGCGAGUAAUACCACAGGUUCUAUUGGGCGUCCAGCGAUCCCUCCUGGGAUUUCGUUCCCCUACACCGGGACCGCUCCAAAUUUGGCCAUACCGAACUCGACGUUGGGUCAACUUGGCGUGCCGGACUUGGGUCCGUUUGAUACUCGUCUCUGGCUGUCUAGUCUCGGUGGCGAAAAUGGUCUAAGUAAUGCGAUGGCAAACUCGCUGUUGCAACUAUAUCAAAGUCAGCAGCAGCAGCAGCAGCAACAACAACAACAGCUUCAAAUGCUCUCUCAAUCAGCUUCCACUAUGAAAGACACCAUGUCUACCGUGUCAAAAUAUUCGGUGAACAAUGCCUGCUCGCCAAUCACGACAGCGCUGUAUGCGUCUAGUCUUCCCAAACAGUUCUCGCAUUCUACAACUCAACCAUCCGACUCCAACAUUGCGCUUAGUGGUCCAGAAGAAAGCAUUGCGAUGAAUGCUGCCCUAACUUCCCAGUGUACGCAAGUAAACUCAAAGACAGAUGGGACUGAGUUCGCUUCACGAUCCGAUGGCGCUUUGACUCAGAGGUGCCCAACGUUCGCUCAGGGUCUCUACGCUGGAUGCCCAUCAGCCACUACACAUACCACCGGAUCGUCGAGUGUCAAUAUUAACCAUGCAUCCCAGUCUACAGACAGACAAGUCUUUGCAAGUCUACUUGGAAGCACACAACUUCCGCACUUAUCGACCAACGAGGCGAAUGUUGGCUCGUUAACCACAUUAUGGCCACCCGGGAUGGUCACACCCGUGAUGAACGCGUUGAAACCGACACUGAGCACGCUAACAUGCCCAGUUAUGAUAAACAACCCGUUAACAAUGUACAAUCGACAGAUAAAUCCUGUGAAUACGGUGUCACGAGUGUCUUACUAAUGAGUAGUAUCCUUCGUGUGCUCACAGUAUCUUCCAGUAUGCAACUGUUGCAUGAGCGCCAUGACUUCCGUUGUUACUUUCCUGUUUGUUUCUUUGUUCUUUAGUUCGUCGAAUCCUUUUUUUGAGUACUUCCUACUUACGAAGUGGUUACACUGUGCACCAAACACAGCACCACGCAGUACGCACAUGGCUGCUGGGCAGGCGCAGUGUUUAACACACUACUUUUCGUUGUGAUGGCAUUUCAUUUUCACAUUCUGUUCAUUGAUAAUGCAUUCUACCUUGCUUCCGUCUCCG